AUGACAGAAAUGGUACAUGGUUCACGUGUUGCAUCUAUCGAACCUGUUUGGCAACGAGAGAUCUUUAACGCCCGAAACCCACCAAGAAUAACUUGUCCACAUCUAGAAUUCGAAGAUGUGCCACUUGAACCUCCUUAUUCCAAAGGUUCUAUGGUCUUGGACCCAAACAACGUGGUUGAACGACCAUUCUUUUUCAGUCAAAAACAAAUAAACUCCCUUCGAAAACAGCUUCCACCACACCUCGCCCAGAACUGUUCACAAUUUGAUUUACUCGCUGCUUGUCUCUGGAAAUGUCGUACGCUGGCUCUUAACCUAAACAAAAAUGAAGUUGUUCGCUUUUCAUGCUUAACAAGUAUACUUAGACAGAAAAAUGAGAUGAAAAAAUUAGGUUUUCCAUUGGGAUACUACGGCAACGCGUUUGCAUACCCAGCAACAGUUUCGAAGGCCGGAGUUUUAUGCGAAUGUUCGUUGGGGUAUGCCGCAGAGUUGAUCAAGAAAGUGAAAGACCAAGUGAACGCUGAGUACAUGAAAUCGGUUGUGGAUCUUAUGCAUCAUUUUUUGCCGGUAAUAGCAAGGUUUUUUGUCAGCAUAAUUCCGAAACGCGCCGGCAAAAGCUCUGUUUCUUGUAGUAAUAGUAAUCUUUUGCAGUCUCAUUAUCGUUCAUUUUAA